AUGUCCAAACCCUCUGAGAUGUGCAGGGAACCCCUCCAGCAGCAGCACAUGACUGCAGCAGAGAGAGGGCUCCGGUGUCAGGGGGAGCUCAGGCCAAAGUCCCACUGUACAGUCACGGCCCCAUACAUACAGUCAGGUCCAGCCGGGACCAGAGGAGAGAAGGGUGACAGAGGAGAGAAAGGUGCGAAGGGGGACCGGGGUAUCGCAGGACCCAAAGGGGAAGCAGGAUCCGCCUUUGCUGGGUCUGGGUCUUCAGAGACAGGCCACAAGGGAGAAAAGGGGGUGAAGGGCAGCCCUGGCAUUGGGAACAAAGGUAACAAAGGUGAUCGUGGGCUCCCAGGCCCUCAAGGGCCUCCUGGAGCCCCAGGACUUGGAGCAGAGGUGGCCCGGCUCGGGGAUGGCUCUAUAGUACAGCAGGUCUCUGGGCCCCAGGGAUCACCAGGAAUUCCAGGUCUAGAUGGGGCUCCGGGACCUCGAGGAGCAGACGGAGAACCAGGAGAUCCAGGAGAAGAUGGGAAAGUUGGGCCAAUGGGCCCUCGAGGGCCCCCCGGGAGCAAAGGAAGCUCCGGAGACAAAGGAUCGAAGGGAGAGCGUGGAGACGGACAGCCAGGGCCUCGCGGCCCCUCAGGACCCCCUGGGCCCCCAGGACUGGGCAGCGGUGACCGGCCAACAUUUUUGGAUAUGGAAGGUUCUGGAUUUGCUGACAUGGUCAAAACCCGGAUUUCUCCAACGUUUUCUGCUAACUGCACUUUGUACAGGGUCUCCCUGGUGUACCAGGGCCUCCAGGCCCCCCUGGUCCCCCUGGCACAUCAGUCACUUUUGGAGCCAAUGGUCCAGUGGCUGUUGGACCUCCUGGACCUCCUGGACAGGAUGGAGUGCCUGGUAUUCCUGGACCCCCUGGCCCUCCUGGACCGUCAGGUCAACCUGGACUCAGAGGAGAGAAGGGAGACUGUGGAGAUGUCAGCUCUUCAGGAGCUCGGCAGAAGUCUCCUGCAGGGAGAACAAGGAGGUCCUGGGCAGCCAGGCACUCCAGGCCAGAGCGGGUUGGCAGGUCUCCCAGGACCAAUGGGACCAGUGGGACCUCCAGGACCACCAGGACCUCCAGGCCCCCCCUAUGAUGCCUAUGGCGGUGGUGUGGGGAUUAAUGCGAUUUCAACGAGCGGAGGCCCAGGUCCACAGGGUCCUCCUGGUGCACCCGGCCUGACGGGAAAACCUGGUUUGCCUGGUAACCAUGGAGACAAGGGUGCAGAAGGCCCUCGGGGCCCCCCUGGGGUCCCCGGCAUGGACGGCUUUCCCGGACAGGAAGGUGCUAAAGGAGACCGAGGACCCAAAGGGGAAACGGGCGAGAAGGUGGUCCACCUGGACCUCCAGGAUGGGCCUCCAGGAUAUAUCAUCUAUCAACCAGGAAGUGAUGGGAGAGUUGGUGGAGCCGGGAGAGCAGGAGUCCCGGGCCUCACGGGACAGAAAGGUGACAAGGGGGACGUGGGGGCUCCUGGAUAUGCCCCAAAGGGGGAGAAGGGGGAGCCUGGCAUCAUCCUGGGACCGGACGGGCGACCCAUGUACCUUGGCGGACUGUCGGGAAAACCGGGGGAUCCAGGGCCCCCAGGACCCCCAGGACCCGAGGGACCCCCAGGCCCAUAUGGACCUGUAGGUCAGAAGGGAGAGAUUGGUUUCCCUGGUCGUCCGGGCCGUCCUGGACUGAACGGGGUCAAAGGAGAGAGAGGGGACUCCAGCGGAGGAUACUCCUUGCCUGGGCCUCCUGGUCCACCCGGGCCUCCUGGACCACCAGGGCCCCCUACUCCUUAUGUCAACACACACGGGGGCUAUGAAGACCCGUCCAGGUACUACCCAGAACUUCUGCUGAAACUGUGUCUGAAAAUAGAAGAGGAGAACAUUAUAACACACUCUUUUUUGAUGGGCAGCUACAAAAGGAGACAAAGGAGAUCGUGGGGAGCCAGGUUACCCAGGCCAGCCAGGGACAUCUCAGAGGAGAGGCUGGGUCUAAAGGAGAGAAAGGAGAGCCCAGCGGUGGUGGGUACUAUGACCCUCGCUAUGGCGCUGGUUUUGGACCUCCAGGAGCCCCCGGGCCUCCGGGCCCUAAAGGAGACUCCAUCAUCGGCCCACCGGGCUUUCCAGGGCUUCCUGGACCUCCGGGGCGCGGCAAUGAUGGCCGGCCAGGACCUCCAGGGCCCCCUGGGUCUCCAGGAUCAACAGUGUCUGUGGAUGGACGGGGAGUGCAGACCAUCAGCAUCCCUGGCCCACCAGGACCCCCUGGAGCACCGGGUACACCAGGGCAUUCUUCAGGGGUACGUCACAGUUCUCCGCUCCUACGACACCAUGAGGGCCACAGCCCGGGGGCAUCCCGAAGGGUCUCUGGUCUACGUCCUGGACCAGACCGACCUGUACCUCCGGGUCCGAGACGGAGUCCGCCAAGUCCAGGUGCCAAUCACAGUAUCACACGGCCACACUCAUAGUUCUGACCUCACACAACCAUAA